AUGCCUAAAAUAAAGGCGUAUACCCCCGCCUGGCUUCUGCAGCCUUCGCCCGGACACGACCUCUUCGUACCCGAUCCGAAUGAUACCCAAGCUGCUCUAGCAUAUACAUCCAAGGCCGUUUCAAGAGAUGGCCCUCGACGCACUAUUGCUCGUCGCGGCACCGAAGUCUUCAUUGCUGUUGGCAAGGAAAUUAGAUGGGCAGAUCUGCUUUACAUCAAAGAACGAUGGGAGGAGAAACAAGCCAGAGCUCAUGGUGGUAUUCGAAUCAAGCGAGAGGACUCCGACUCGGACGACGAGUUGCUGAGAGAAUCAAUAGAGAAUGGAUCCGCUGAAGGUUUCCGAACUAUCAAGACCUCUGUUGGUAGUGAUAUCCAACAGCUCGUUAUAUCGCCUUACGCGGACUUUAUGGCAGUUGUAACUACUCAUACAAUCCGCAUCAUCCUUAUACCCGAUUCAAGCCAUCUUACGGCUCCCAGCCUCGACGCCAUCAAGCCCAAGUCAUGGACCUUAGGCCCGACAACACACGUUAUGGACCGAUCGCCGAUCGCCUCCGCUAUAUGGCAUCCGCUGGGCGUGAAUGGCUCUGCACUAGUCACAGUCACGAAAGAUGCUGUUGUAAGAGUCUGGGAACUCUCCCAGAAGGAUCGAUGGUCUUUCGACACCCCUUCCCUUACUAUCGACUUACAGAAGCUUGCCGACGGCACCUCAUUGGACCAGAAUUUCGCUGCUUCGCCCGACUUCACUAACAAGGGUUUCUCGCCAGACUCUAUUGAGAUGGAUGUCGCGUCGGCCUGUUUCGCUGGUCGGGGUUCUGGAAAUUGGUCGCCGAUGACUCUAUGGGUUGCGAUGCGCGAAGGGGAUGUGUAUGCUUUAUGUCCUUUGCUACCUGCUCACUGGGCUCCCCCACCGACUCUCAUUCCUUCGCUCUCUAUCUCUAUCGUCGGAAAUCUGGCUGCGAUCGAAGAUGACCCGAAUGUUUCUGAACAAGCGAAGUUGUUAGCACAGCAACAGCUAGACUGGAUGUCGGAUCUUGAUAAUCAAGAACCCAGAGUUAUUGAGGGUCCCCCUGGAGAGCCACCUACAGAAAUUUACACACGUCCUUCAAGGCCUGGCAUAGUCCCUCGUUUGCAGGGACCUUUCGAUCUAGAAUUAAGCCCAGACAGCGAGGACGACUUGGACACCGAAUUAACCGACAUCUUUGCCAUCGGCCAGAAGCUUGACACUGAUGAGUUAAUGAUAGGAGAAGAAGACGAACUCGACAUGGAAGAUAUCGAAGGAGAAGGUUUAUCUAUUUCCAUCAUAUGUCUACUCUCGUCUAGUGGCCAGUUGAGAGUAUGUCUAGAUCUUGAUGGAGUUCAAGCUCAGUGGCUCCCCCCUCGAAAUAAGUCGAAGGCCAUGGGUCGUUUAACCGGAUCACCAUCUCUACUCACGUUCCAAAGCAUGGAUAUCUUGAAUAAUCUAGAGGUGGCCGAAAAUGCCUGGCCCAUGUUCAGUCCCGAUGUUACUUCAAGAUAUUCUUUCUAUAUCACACAUCCUUCUAGUAUUACUCAUGUCUCGUUGGCGCCGUGGGUCUUCCGCCUCGAAAGUGAACUUCAGGGCGAUUCGCAAGCAGGGUCCGAAUUUAGAAUUGAUCUGCUCGUUAGCGGACAGAACUCCACUAGGGAAAGGCUCUACACAAAUUCAGCCCAGGGAGACGCACAACUACCCUUAACCGCAUCGGUCGCCAUUCGUGAUCCUGAUCUUGGUUACUUCCUAUUGUCUGCGACACCGUUCAAUCCAAUUGCGUUGAUCUUCGAUACACCAGAAGACGACCUUCCCCCUAUUCGGCCAGCUUCGCCUAUAUUUGACAAGGAUGCGGAAGUGCAGCCCCUAGAUUUCUACGAACCUCGUCCUAUCUUUCAACCGUCACAUGCUUUCGAUCAGAGCUCUGUGUUACCAAACUUGCUUAACCAGCUCCGCACCGGUCGUCAUAAAACAGUUGUCAAUCAGGAAAUUCGACUUUCGCCACUAACCUUGCAGCUUUUCACCGAAGCCCACAAGAUCCUCAGCGAGGAGACGCACAGACUCGGUGUGGCGGCCGCUGAAGUAUUUAGGCGGUGUAUCCAAUUACAAACGGAACUCAAGCAACAAGUGAACAAAGCAAAUGAAGUUAGAGGUAGAGUUGAAGCUAUUACAGGGGAGGACCAAGAUGAGGAAGGCCAACCAGAGUCGAACAAUAGCGCCAUCGAACGACGUUUACAGAACGCGAGGGACAGGGGAGAAGCUAUUAGCAAGCGGCUAGAGAAGAUGCGAAAGAUCGUCAGUAAGGCGACCAGUCGCGAAUUGAGCGAUAAGGAGAAGGCUUGGGUAAAGGAGGUGGAUGUUCUGGACGCCAAUCUGUUUGGAUCUACAACGCCAGCGGACGGACCCACGCGCUUAAAGCAGACUAAGAGGAGGUACGAAGAAGUCACGCGGCUGAGGGAUGAGCUCUUAGAGGAGGCAGAAAAAUUAGGCGCAACUACAGGUGAAGGGGAAGAAGGUGUCAGCACACCGACGACCGAUUUGCGCAUACCCUCGGAACUCCGGAAAGCAAAGAUUAAUCAAGUAAAGGGGCUCAUCGAACGAGAGACGGCAUUAGUGGAUGCGGUGAAGUCGCGACUCGAGCGACUGUCAGUUGUUGGGUAG